UCAGAGAGGUCAGUUGAGGGUGUGAGAGCGAGAGACAGAGACGCAGAGACACGAUGGUUGAAUUCAGACGGAUUAAUACGACUUUAGUGGUGAUACUGCUGCUUCAGUUUACAGCAGUCACUGGAAAAACUUCCCUCUCCUUCACUGUCAGAGCUGGACAUAGUGCCACUUUGCUGUGUGAAAAUGUGAUAAAACCUCAGGACAAAUGUGACAGUACUACCUGGCUCUACAGUCGUUAUGAAGGGGGAACAACAAUAGAGCUGAUUCAUCUUGGGAAGAAAAAAACAGAUGUGAUUUCCAAAGCUAAAUCAGACAGACUGAGUGUUACAGAAGACUGUUCUCUGGUUAUAAAAAAUAUCACACGUGAGGAUGCUGGUCGUUACUCCUGCAGACAGUACAACAGAUCAGGAGAACAACAAGGUCCAGACUUUCCUGUUCUUCUGUCUGUUAUUAUCAUGACUCAAGAUAAACAAAAUUAUAUGAUCAUCUUGUUCUGCGUUGUGUCGACAUAUGGAGACUGUAAACACACAGUGAAGUGGGUGUACGAGGGUAAUCAGAAUGAUGUGGAGAUAAGACCAGCUACCUGUGCAUCCAGGGUGAGAUUUGCUUCUCAUCCUAAUCAAAAGUUGCUGAAGUGUAACGUGACAGAUACUAACCCCUAG